AUGGUCGAGGACAUCUUCCAGUUCCUAUGGGCCGGAGGACUGAAUCCAUAUGAUCUGUACAGAGACUGUGACCCGAAUCCAGCGAUCAACGGCGAGAGAAUGAGCCACAUGCUCAGGGGAGUUGCUGCUGGCUACAAAUCCGUUGAGAUGUCCAAGAAGAAGACCCCUGAUCUCAUGAGCUUCUUGAGGGCCAACCAACCCCUCUACGGAGAUGCUCCAUGUCUGAAUGAUACAGAUGUGAUUGUAUACAUGAAUGAUGCUAAAGUUCGACAAGCGCUCAACAUUCCUUCCAACCUACCCAAAUGGGACAUCUGCAGCAACGAAGUGACCAGCACCUAUCAGAAGCAAUACGGGGAUAUGGCUCCAUUCAUCAAGAAGAUCGUGAAGGCAAAUGUCCGAGUUCUUCUCUAUUACGGAGACACGGACAUGGCUUGCAACUUCAUGAUGGGCCAGCAGUUCGCCGACCAGCUUGGACUGAAGCGAACACUCGGUAAAACCCCAUGGAAGUUCGACCGUCAAAUCGCUGGGUUCAAAACUCUCUUCAAAGGACUUACUUUCAUCACAGGUAUAUUUUGA